AUGGACUUUCAUCGAGUUGGAGGAAUAGUAAGGCCAAAGCUCAUAAUGACAAGGCCUCGAGCAGCGCCGGUCUUUUUCAAACGACAACGUAUCUUGGCUAGCACCAGCCACACCAGACAACAUCCGGUCUGGUCAAUGUGGACGUCGCCAAAUGGAGAAGCGAGGGCUCUCUUGAUGUUGGGACUUAUCAUUGCUACGGGGGUAGUACCAGCAGCACAUGGACACGCUGCAUCUCGGAGCGAGGGCUGCUUCUUUCGAGUCACUUCAAGGUUGCGCUUGUACCGACGAGAAUCGAAUCCAUUGUUUGGGUUCGACACGUCUGUGAAAAAUUCCAAAGCACGAUCCAUGAAUCUCGCCAGUCCCAAUCGAUUCCUUUCAACUUCAAGGCGGAUUGUGUUCCUCUCGCGUGGAAAGACGGACGGAACUCUGUGAAAUUGAAUGAACCAUCUUGGGAUGAAAAGGUGAUGUAUGCCAUCCACGUACUUGUUCUCGAGAACGGAGUCUGUCUCUUGAAUUUCUAGUAGAAUGAUUACAUCGUCUCGUGCUUUCACGUGCUUUACGCAAGUGAUCAUGAGGGUGGUAUAGUCGGCGACCCGGCAUAGGAAACGAGUGCGCAAAGAAACAGAGACAGAUGAGUCACAAGAACCUUAUGUAGAGAGUUCAGUUCCUAAUGAGUGAUGUCGCCGAGAGAGCGAGCGGACGCUUGCCCAUGUCAAAAUCAUCUCCGACACAAUGCAUGCGAAUUAUUAGUAUGUUCGUGAUGAUGUUGUUUCUAGGUUAUGCACUUGGGCAUGACAUAGUGUAAUAAACUGGGGUUGGGUCGGUGUUUUCAAGCAUUCGUUGAACGGUCUCCAGGCCUAUCGUCAGUCCAGCACACCUCACGCGCGACUCCUGUCCGUCGAUUCGACAUCGCCGGGGACCUUCCGUUCCG